CUUUUUUCCGUCUUCUGCCAGCAGUAGAAGCCGCCGCAGCACCUGAACCGCUGCCGCCGCUCGCUCAGGACAACGUUAUGGCUGAGCCUGGGCGCAGCCUCCAUCCCGCUGCCGGAGGCAGGGGAGGGACUGAGCAGCGCACACUCCGGCUUCUGCGGCUGCUGCUCUGGGUUGGGACCGCCUUCCAGGUGACCCAGGGAGCGGGACCGGAGCUUCACGCCUGCAAAGAGUCUGAAUACCACUACGAGUACACCGCAUGUGACAGCACAGGAUCCAGGUGGAGGGUUGCCGUGCCGCACAGCCCUGGCCUGUGCACCAGCCUUCCUGACCCCGUCAAGGGCACCGAGUGCUCCUUCUCUUGCAAAGCUGGGGAGUUUCUGGAUAUGAAGGAUCAGUCAUGUAAGCCGUGUGCUGAGGGCCGCUACUCUCUGGGCACGGGGAUCCGGUUUGAUGAGUGGGACGAGCUGCCCCAUGGCUUUGCCAGCCUCUCAACCAACAUGGAGAUUGACAGCGGCACCACAGACAACUGCACCUCGUCCAAAUGGGAGCCCCUGGGCGACUACAUCUCCUCCAACACGGAUGAAUGCACUGCCACGCUGAUGUAUGCUGUCAACCUGAAGCAGUCGGGGACUGUUAACUUUGAAUACUACUACCCGGACCCCAGCAUCAUCUUUGAGUUUUUUGUUCAGAAUGAUCAGUGCCAGCCGAAUGCAGAUGACUCCAGGUGGAUGAAAACCACGGAGAAAGGAUGGGAACUCCACAGUGUCGAGCUCAGCCGAGGCAACAAUGUCCUCUACUGGAGAACCACAGCCUUCUCAGUGUGGUCCAAAGUUUCCAAGCCUGUGCUAGUGAGAAACAUCGCCAUAACAGGGGUGGCCUACACUUCAGAAUGCUUCCCCUGCAAGCCGGGGACAUACGCAGCCAAUCAGGGCUCCUCUUUCUGCAAACUCUGCCCAGCCAACUCUUACUCCAAUAAGGGAGAAACUUCUUGCCACCAGUGUGACCCUGACAAAUACUCAGAAGAAGGAUCGUCCUCCUGCAAAGUGCGCCCAGCCUGCACGGACAAAGAUUACUUUUACACCCACACAGCUUGUGAUGCCAAUGGAGAGACGCAGCUCAUGUACAAGUGGGCCCAGCCGAAAAUCUGUGGCGAGGACCUCGAGGGGGCAGUGAAGCUGCCCGCCUCUGGUGUGAAGACCCGCUGUCCACCCUGCAACCCAGGCUUCUUCAAAACCAACAGCAGCACCUGCGAGCCCUGCCCUUAUGGUUCAUACUCCAACGGCUCUGACUGUAGCCACUGCCUAGCUGGGACUGAACCUGCUGUGGGAUUCGAGUACAAAUGGUGGAACACAUUGCCUGCAAACAUGGAAACAACCGUUCUCAGUGGGAUCAACUUUGAGUACAAGGGCAUGACAGGCUGGGAGGUGGCUGGUGAUAACAUUUAUACAGCUGUUGGAGCCUCAGACAGUGACUUCAUGAUUCUCACUCUGGUCGUACCAGGAUUUAGAUCUCCACAGUCAGUGACGGCAGACACAGAGAAUAAAGAGGUGGCCAGGGUCACAUUUGUGUUUGAGACCAUCUGCUCUGUGAAUUGCGAGCUCUACUUCAUGGUGGGUGUGAAUUCUAGAACCAACACACCCGUGGAGACAUGGAAAGGUACCAAAGGCAAACAGUCCUAUACCUACAUCAUUGAGGAGAACGCCACCAUGAGCUUCACCUGGGCCUUCCAGAGGACCACUUUUCAUGACACAGGCAGAAAGUACACCAAUGAUGUCGCCAAGAUCUACUCCAUUAAUGUUACCAAUGUCAUGGACGGGGUGGCCUCCUUCUGCCGUCCCUGUGCCCUGGAAGCCUCUGACAUGGGCUCCUCCUGCACCUCCUGUCCUGCUGGCUACUACAUUGAUCGGGAUUCAGGGGCCUGUCACUCCUGCCCCCCUAACACAAUCCUGAAAGCCCAUCAGCCUUAUGGCAUCCAGGCCUGCAUGCCCUGCGGUCCAGGGACCAAGAGCAACAAGAUCCACUCCCUGUGCUACAACGACUGUACCUUCUCCAUCAGCACUCCCGGCAGGACGUCAGACUACAACUUCUUGGCCUUGGAAAACACCGUCUCUCUGGCUGGAGGGCCAAGCUUCACUUCCAAAGGCCUGAAAUAUUUCCAUCACUUUAUCCUCAGUCUCUGUGGAAACCAGGGUAAGAAGAUGUCCGUGUGUACUGACAAUGUCACUGACCUCCGGAUCCCUGAGGGUGAGUCAGGUUUCUCCAAAUCCAUCACAGCCUACGUCUGCCAGGCGGUCAUCAUCCCCCCAGAGGUGACAGGCUACAAGGCCGCAGUGUCCUCGCAGCCUGUCAGCCUGGCUGAUCGACUUCUUGGGGUGACAACAGAUAUAACUCUGGAUGGAAUCACCUCCCCCGCUGAACUUUUCCACCCGGAGUCUUUGGGAAUACCGGACGUGAUCUUCUUUUAUAGGUCCAGUGAUGUGACCCAGUCCUGUAGUUCUGGAAGAUCAACCACCAUUCGGGUCAGAUGCAGUCCACUGAAACCUGCCCCUGGAAGUCUGUCACUGCCAAGCACGUGCUCUGAUGGGACCUGUGACGGCUGUAACUUCCACUUCCUGUGGGAGAGCAUGGCUGCUUGCCCACUCUGCUCUGCUGCUGACUACCACACUAUCGUCAGCAGCUGUGUGGCUGGGAUCCAGAAGACUACUUACGUGUGGCGAGAACCAAAGCUAUGCACAGGUGGCAUCUCCCUGCCUGAGCAGAAAGUCACCAUCUGCAAAACAAUAGAUUUCUGGCUGAAAGUGGGCAUCUCUGCAGGCACCUGUACUGCCAUCCUGCUCACUGUUUUGACCUGUUACUUUUGGAAAAAAAAUCAAAAACUGGAGUACAAGUACUCCAAGCUGGUGAUGAACGCUACCCUCAAAGACUGUGACCUGCCAGCAGCCGACAGCUGUGCCAUCAUGGAAGGCGAGGACGUGGAGGAUGACCUCAUCUUUACCAGCAAGAAGUCACUCUUUUGGAAGAUCAAAUCAUUUACCUCCAAGCAGCCAGCUCCUGUCACCAUCUCUCUUUCAGAGGACUCCAGAUGGAUUUGACUCAGUGCCCCUGAAGACAUCCUCGGGAGGCCCAGACAUGGACCUGUGAGAGGGCCUGCCUGCCUCACCUGCAGCCUCGCCCAGGCACAUCACCUUGCAAGACUGUGGCAAUUUGGGUGCCAGCUUCCUGCAACACCCACUGCUGGAAAAACCUCUUCAUUGUGGCCUUAUCAGAAGUUUGAAUUUCAGAACUUUGUUUUUUUAUAGAUUACCCAAACCUUUCUUUCUGUUUGUCCCAAACCUGCCAAAUACACCCACACUUUGUAUAUUACUUCCUUUCUUGUAUCUUGUUUCCCAAAAUGGUCCAGCUACGAGAGCCAUAGCUUCACCUGUUCAUAACUCUUAUAGCUCUGAAAUGAAAACAUUUCUCUCUUCUUCAGUAUAGGAAGUGCUUCCUCUGUCCUCUUAUUCAAGGGCAGAAGGGGCUGGGAGUUUUCCUGAUCAAAUGCCCUCAGCUCAUGAGCGCUUUAGGAGAGAGGCUGCGUGAGGAAGGUGACGGGCCACCUUCGGGGUGGCCUGCAGAACCAGUUCAAACUGAGUGUGAUGGUAGGCUGAGGGUGAGGUGAGCAAGGCCUAGGGAAGAAAAGGCUUCCUAAGCACAAAAAAGGCAGUAAGGAAAGUUUGGUUAGGAGUUUUGUGUUUUUAAACUAAGUGUUUCAUUCCUUUUUCUUGAGUGAUAAAUGUUCUUACUGGAGCCAAAGGAAAAAGUUCGUUGAAAACAUGCCCAAAGGCCUGGUGGAUCUAUUCUAGCCAUUUCUUUAACCCCCCACCAUCUCCCUAUGACACGGAAGGGAACCAGAAAAAGUCCAAACCUGUUAUUCUAGCUUUAUUUUCUACCUGCUUUUACCCAGAGAGACAUCAAAUCAAAAUUCCUUGUCUUUGGGUGCCCCAGUUGUGGUCUUGAAUCACAUCAGGGAACAGAGGUAUCUUAUUUUGAAUGAACACAGAGACCAAGGUUUUCAGGGGGCCAUACAAGGGGAUGGACCUGAGGGCUGUGAUGUCUGCUUCUAAGCUUAGCUCACCUGCUCAGUCACAAAAUAAACACCUCCUAGGCUGGCCAAAAAAGGAAUUGAUUCACAGCCCACACCCCAGCAGCAGAACCAGAUCAAUCUUCAAGGAAGAAAGUCUAGUGGAGUUGAACAAGAUGUUCAGCAGGGUGGGACACUUUGCACUUUGAAGCCCUUAUCCUUCCUUCUUCCAAUUCACAUUUCCUUUGUGUGCUAAACCACUAAAAAGACUUUCUGCCAGCAUCCCUUUGAAAGGUAAGUAAAGUUAGUGUCCUCUUUCCUCCAGUUUUACAUCAGGUAUAACUGAUGAACUUCAAGUAACCAGAAUGGCAAAACCAGAGCAAGCUUUUAAAUCCCCUUCUUUCAACCACUGGCAAUUCUCCCUCCUUCACUAUCAGGCUAGCAUGACCAUCCCUCAGUCAAGGGCCCAGUUGCCCACAGUUUAUGCCUGUUUCCUUUCUCUAGUGGCCAUUUGGUGACUAGACAGUAGGUAUAGAAUGGAGAUGGCAUUUCUAAGUGAUUUGUCUGUCACAAAAUGGUCAGUGGAUCUGAUUGACCAUUGCUGCCCUGGCAGUGAUCUUAUAAAACAGGGCCCUGCUGUGACUUCCAGUCAUCAACAACAUAACUGAAGGCAGGCAGGCCCUUUGGCUCAGUAAAUCUAGAAUAAAUAUUUCCGUUGGGUAUCCUCCUCUUGGGAAGUCAGGCUCUCAGGACCAGGUUGUGGCCAUGCUGGGAUUUUUCCAAACAGGGGCAGAGACCUAGCUCCUGAGCUCCAGUCUGAAGUUUUCUGUGGCCUCAACAGUAUUCUGGGUACUUGCCUUCCCACUGAAUGACCUUCUGUGACAAAGGCCACAGAAGGUUCUUAGACUACUCUAGAAGCAGUUGGAAAAGGUACAUACCCCAUUACCUUCUUUGUUUGGACAUCUUGAGUGUCCCUAGAGCACCUGCAAACUCCCCUGGUUUAGUCAUAAUACCUUAAGGAUCCCCUUUUUACUAUACCCUUAGUGCACUGAUGGGUAUGGAUCAUCCCUGUGUCCUACCAGGAACUCCUGAGUUAUGCUAUUAGGGCCACCUGUUGCUCCCCUAGCAACUUAUACACAUAUUAUAUAUUUUUCAACAGUUCUAUUGAGGUAGAGUUCACAUACCACAGAAUUCACUCAUCUAAAAUGUGCAAUUCAGUGGAUUUUAGUAUGUUCACAGAAUUGUGAAUUCAUCACCAUAAUCAGUUUUAGAGUAGACACAUGUUAGUUUUUUAUGGAAAAAUAUAUUCGCUCUUAAACUAAGGCUAUCAUGGUUUAUGCAUACUACUGGGGGAGGGAGUGUGGGCUUAGGAGAUAACAUUUAAAUUCCAUUUGGUUGCCUAGAGUCCUAGUGACUCUCAUCAUACAGGCGUCACUCAUAUUUGGCUGGGAAUACAAAUGAAGAUUGUGGUGUAUUCAAGGACCAGGGCAUUUGUUAUGCCAACAAACUUCUUUUCUUUUUUUUCUUUUUUAAUUGUCUGAUUCUACACUAAAGAUAAGACUGACUAUAUUUAUAUAACAGAGGCUUUGUAACAGAUUUUUCAGCUUUGUGAAACCAAAUUUUUGUCUCAAGAUUGGCUGGUUUUCCUUUUUAUUCUGUAUUCUAAGAGUUUGUAGUUUGUUAAGGGUUGGGUAUUCCACAUCACAUGUUUUGUAUGUGAAAUAAAAGCAUACCUUUCAA